UUGCCUGUCGCUAGGAGUUUUUAUUGAUUUUUGAUAAAAGUUAUUUAUUACAAAAUUAGGUUGUAGAAUACUGCAUUCGACUGCAUUGAUAUAUUUAGAAAUAUUUAAUGAAUCGAUAUUAGUCCAUCCUGGAGUUCCUGGCUGUGCAUUCUAACGGGAACGACGUUAUCCUAGUCAGAGCACGCUUCCGCACGCACAAAAUGUCGUCACGCAGAGAAAGCAAGGUAGAGCAGACGUAUAUCGACACUGAGUAUUCUUCGGGUGACUCUAACAAGAUGAAAUGCAAACAGCGGUACCAGGAGGAGAACAAUAACGAGCUGGCGGUAGAUGAGUUGUCCAAGGACUUGCAGAUGGGCUGCAUAGUGGACGCUGUGAAGAGGCCCCCCAAUAUAUGCGUCGAGACCUGCGUCUAUGAGGAAUCUGACUCCGAUGUAUCAAACAAUGAAGCGGUCGAAGAGGAUGCAUAUUCGGAUGAGUUUGAGGAUUAUAACAGCGACGGCAAUGACUCGAUCAAGAUGGAGUCCAAAUCGGCCAAGAGUGAGACGGUCAGGCAGGACGAGAAGCCUUCGUCCUCCGUGAAGUUGUCCAAAAGCCACUCCUUCAUGUCCAGUAAACCUAACGGCUCUGUUUCUGGCAAAAGUGGGAUGAGUGGGAAGAGUUCAACCCAGGGUUCAUUAUCAGUGCCGCGCUCCAGACGGAUCAACAUGUCAUUCUCCAACGAAAGACUGCGGGAAAUAGAGAGACAUAACCACAUACUAUUGAACAAGAUCCUGAGUGCGAGGAACCACAAGAAGAGUUCCAUCCCUCCCGCGGAGCCUCCCGUAGCGAAGCGACCGCAGCCGGCCGCUGCCAUGAGGAGGAAGAAGCAACAGAGGGAAAUUGACCACGAAAAUAUGAUUCUGCUAAGAAAAAUCCAGCGCGCCAAGUCGACAUCAUGCAGCCUACGACGUUGAUACAUGCACGCGUCCCUCCGGGCGCGACAAUCUUCCAGACAAACUUACAUUGUUACUACAUUUAC